AUGGCUUGGAGGCAAGUUAUCUUUACGAUCGCGGUGGUAGCUGGAGUGACGACACAGAACGAUGUCCGUGUUUGUGUGUCGGAGUUGUUCGCUCCAUACUGUGACAGACUGCAGAGUCUUGGCAGUCCAGUGGUCUGUGAUGGAGUGGGGUCCAGUGAUGAAUGCCUCACGAGACUGAAUAACGGUUCUUCAGACUUUGGAGUGUUCUCUGAUGAAGAUAUGGUGUUGAUGGCACACAGACAACCUGACGAGAACAGGGUCGUGGCGUCCGUUAGAGAUGUACUGAGGAAAGACGGCUACUCCUUCGAAGCGGUGUCUGUAGUCCCAGCGAGUCACACUGGUGGUGUGGAGAGUCUCCGAGGUAUGAAGUACUGUCACCCUGGACUGGAUGACUCGGAGCCGAGCUGGUCUCCACGAGUGAAGAAGACUUUGGAACGAGCUGCUGCAAAAAUUGAAAGCAACGCUGAUGUAGAACUUGAAGUUCAGACUCUGAGCUCCUUCUUCAAGAGUGCUUGUAGACCCGGACCAUGGAGUGAUGAUGAUAAUGUUGAUGCUGACCUGAAAUCCCGCUUCUCGAACCUGUGCGCUCUGUGUGGUCAGAACGCGAAGUGUUCCAAGUACACCAACAACAUGGGCCCUAACAUCAAUAAUGUUGACAACAACAACAGACACAUCCAGGCCUUGGAGUGUAUGAGGUCCAAUGACAACAACACAUUCGCUUACGUUGCCUGGCAGCACGUCCGCACAUACUUUAACAUACGCAAUCCUCGUAUCCGUGCCUCAUACUCCCUCCUCUGUGCAGACGGCUCCCUCCGUCCACUGACUCUUGAAGCCACCCUCUCCAACGUCGCUCCUUGUUCGUUCGUCAAACAGCCCUGGGGCGCUAUUGUUGCUUCUACUGCGAAGGCAAGCCAAGUAAGCAGUUCCAUCAAGAGCUGA